AUGAAGUGGAUUAUCCUCUUGUGCUUGGUCUCCACCUCUCUCUCCUCCAUACAUACUCAGAAAUUUUUCUUCAGCCCAAAAUGGGGUCCCAUUGGCUUUAAAGAGCGCGGAGAGCAUGGUGAGAGGACGGCGAUGGAUGAAAUCAUCAAAGCUAAUGAGUUGCAUGCUUCCCGAAUCAUAGACAGCACUACCAGCCUCAGAGAGGGAGACAUCGCCGUUUCUUCAGGAAGACGCUCCAAGGUCUGCUUCGCUCGUAGCUGCCUCUGGAAUAAGUCAGUGGAUGGACGUGUCUAUAUUGCGUAUAGACUCUCAACUGAAUACACUGAAAUGGAGACAAAGCUGAUAAAGAAAGGAAUGGAAAAUGUUGAGAAAGGUACCUGUGUGCGCUUUGUUCCUCGGACUCACCAGGAAGACUACAUUGACAUCCAAGCAAAGUCUGGGUGUUGGUCCUACCUUGGUGCGCGUGGUGGAAGACAGACUGUGUCCCUCCAGAGCCCUGACUGCCUGCAGGUCGGGGUGAUCUCCCAUGAGUUAAUGCACGCCCUGGGCUUUGUGCAUGAGCAGUCCCGCUUCGACCGAGACAGCUAUGUCACUGUCAUGUGGCCAAACAUUUGGAGGGACCGGUUGAGGAACUUUGAGAAAUUCAGGACUGACAAUCUGGAUCUUCCGUAUGACUAUGGCUCAAUCAUGCACUACGGGAUGUAUGCCUACUCUCAGGAUGGGGAGCCGACUAUCGUUCCUAAGAACAGCAACACCAAGGACAUAAAGCUGGGACAGACUACAAGUCUCAGCCACAUUGACAAGCUGAAGAUCAACAAGCUUUAUAAUUGUGGUGACAUGGAUGAUAACUAACCAAAGUGAACUGAGGUCAAACAGGAAUGUUCUGAAAGAUCAUUGAAUAAAAAACUAUGUUAUAUCAUGCAAAAAAAAAUUCAAUAAAGAUUGAUUUAAGCUUUA